AUGCCCCCAGCUACCGUCCCACCACCAUCUAAGAACGUAUUCGACGACGACUUUGACGACGACGAUGGUUGGCAAGACAUGCCCAUCGUCCGGGACGAUGAUCCCAACUGCGAUCUCGACGAGGAGGACAAGCGCAAGUACCACUACCAGCCGUCGUCCAAGGUCAGCACCACCGCGAACGCCACGGGGAACCUCAUAGACUUUGACGAUGAAGGCAACGAGUGGCGGUCGAAGCUCGACCAGAACGAGCGGGAGUAUACGAGGCUCCGUGUGCGCGAGGAGGACGAGGCUGAUGAAGUCCAUCUGCGCACCAAGUAUUUGUUCGAUGAGGAUAAAGCAAUGACGCCGCUCAACCAGAUGCAGGCCACGAAGAACCUGCUCACCGAGGCGCAAAGGAUCGCGUAUGUCGGCCUGUGCUCGCUGACGAGCCGCGAGAUGGUGCAGACGCUCAAGGCGACGAAUCGCAAGGAGCUCAAAUCCGCAGCGCAGCAUAUGGAAUUGUGGAUGCUCAAGAUUAUGGGUCGUCUAUACUAUCAUAUGGAACUCGAGACUCAAGAACAGAAGAUGAUAGAGAGUCUGGCGGAACAUGGUGUUCUGGCUUCGGACCUGGUCCCUGCGUUGAUGACCACCCACACAGUUGCCAAUCCAGAAUACGACCCCGAAGAGGCUCGACGUCGAGCCGAGGAAGAGAGCAAAGGCGACGACGACGACGAUGAAUCCAUCUCCGACCAGACACUAGUCAACGAACCCACAGCCUCACCCGACGAUCCUAAAGACAUCCCGCUCCCGACAUCCCCGACAACACCCACCGCAACAACAACCGUCGACCCCACAACCGACAACACCCUCUCCCAGCCCGACAAAACCGUCCCCAAAGUCCUCCCACAGGGCUCCCAAACCGCGAUGCCCGGCGUCUCCACCACCCUCAGCGCCGCCGACAAAGACGUCACCCUCGACAUCCGCUGGACCGUCCUCUGCGAUUUGUUCCUCAUCCUGAUAGCAGACAGCGUCUACGACGCCCGCUCACGCGUCCUCCUCGAGAACGUCGCCACCAAACUCGGAUUGGGCUGGCUCGACGUUGUCAAAUUCGAGAGCCGCGUUACCGAGGCUCUGGAGAUCCAAGAAGACGUGGAGAGCCUCGAGCAACAGGAAAUCGUGGAUAACGUCCGGAAGGCUGGGAAGAAGAGACGGUAUAUGAUGUUGGGUCUUGCGACGAUUGGUGGAGGGUUGGUGAUUGGCUUGUCGGCGGGGCUGCUGGCACCGGUUAUUGGCGUGGGCCUCGCUGGUGCACUCGGGACUAUCGGUGUUACUGGUACUGGCGCCUUCUUGGGCGGCACGGCUGGUGCAGCGGUGAUUACGACCGGAGGUGUGCUCACUGGCGGCGGGAUCGCAGCCAAGGGCAUGGCUCGACGUACUCAGGAACUGCGCACAUUCGAGAUCCUCCCCCUGCACAACAACAAACGCGUCAACUGUAUUCUGACUGUCCCUGGUUUCAUGACGGGUUUGAACGAUGACGUGCGGCUGCCGUUCAGCGUGCUUGAUCCCAUCGUCGGGGACGUGUUCAGCGUCCUUUGGGAACCCGACAUGAUCAGGGAGACCGGUAGCGCGCUCAAGAUCCUCACCGGCGAAGUCCUCUCCCAGAUCGGCAUGACCGUUUUAUCAGCCACAGUCAUGACCGGUCUCGUCUCCGCUCUUCAAUGGCCAAUCAUCCUUACGAAACUCGGCUACCUGAUCGACAACCCCUGGAGCAACGCCCUCGACCGCGCAAAACUAGCAGGCAAAGUCCUCGCCGACACCCUCAUCCAACGCCAUCUCGGCGUGCGCCCAAUAUCCCUCAUCGGCUUCUCCCUCGGCGCACGCGUGAUCUACUACGCCCUCCUCGAACUCUCCCGCCAAAAGCAAUACGGAAUCGUCCAGGACGUCUUCCUCCUCGGUGCCACAGUGACGAUGCCUCUAAGCAGCUGGCUCGAAACGCGUAGUGUUGUCUCGGGGCGAUAUGUGAACGCGUAUGCGAGGAAUGAUUGGGUGCUUAAUUAUCUUUUUAGGGCUACGGCUGGGGGAGUGGGGACUGUUGCGGGGUUGAGGCCUGUGGAGGGUGUACCGGGGUUGGAGAAUGUGGAUGUUACGGAUAAGAUUGCGGGACAUAUGAGUUAUAGGACUUUUAUGCCCCUGAUUUUGGAUCAGUUGGGUUUCCCGGUUUUUUCGGAUUAUUUUGAUGAGCCUGUGGAACCCGACUUUGAAGGCGACCGAGUAGUCGUUCACGAAGAAGAGGAGCAGAACAAGAAGAAGGGGUGGUUCUCCCGCAAGACUUCGUCCUCGGAUAAACGCAAAUCGGUUUCGAGGCCCCCGUCGUCGGCGUCGUGGGCGAACACGAACAACCAAGGUCCUACUGUUCCUGGUGUGAGCAAACCGCCUACGGUGGCUGGUGCGAUGCAGCCUGGCGGUGAGGGGGAGGAUGAGGACCUUCCUCCGAGGAUGGAGAAUGCGCAUGGAACAACGACGACGUUGACGUCUUCGCCCAAGUCUACCUCUCAACCCCUCACCCAAGCUGCGGAGGCGGAAUCUACAACCAGCAAGUCUGCACCAACGCCUCUCGACCUCUCCUCGUCCCAUUCCUCAUCCCCAUCCCAAACCGCUUCCUCCAACACCCAAUCCCCCUCGGACUCGACAGACGACUUGUCCCUCCCCAGCAAGCACGCCGGGUUCGAUCUGGAUGCUAUACGCGAUGCGGUGGAGGACGUGGUGAAGAGCCCGGAUGGGCUGAAGGGUGCUUCCAUCGCUGCUGCUGCUGGCGGGUUUGGGUCUUUUGGUGGUUCAGCGGCGUAUAUGGGUGGUUCGGGCUCUUCGUCGUCGUCGUAUUUGGGUGGUUCACUUGGAUAUGGGCAUCCGGCGAGACCGUCCUCUACGCCGCCUACAGCGGAGGGAGCACCGAGCGGGACCGGGAGGAGUGUGAGUUAUGCGUAUGGUGUGGAGUCUAGUAGCGGGAUUGGGGGAAGUGGGAGUGGGAUUGGAGUUGGAGGGAGUGGGAUUGGGAUUGGGGCACUUCGGAGUUCGGCUUCGCAGUUAAAUCUCCGUGAGGCGUUUGGGAAUCCGUUCGCGUCGUCUUCGUCUUCGUCUUUUGCUUCUUCUUCCACGUUACCGUCUUCCUCGUCAGGGUUGUCGUCGUCAGGAUAUCCGGGGGAGGAUAGUACCUCCCUUCCGACACCCAGGGCGUCGACAAGGCAGUUGCCGGAUGUUGGACAUGGUGGCGGGUGGGGGACGAGUUCCUUUGGGUCGAGUUCGUUCGCGUCGAGUUCGUUUGGGUCGGGUUCGUUUGGGAGUACAGGGUUUGGAGGUUUCAACGCUGGGAGCAGUCUUAGCGGUAGCGGAAUCGGGGGUGGACCUGGAGGUGGGAUAGGCAAUGGUCUGUCGUUUGGAGGUGCGGAUGGGUCGAUAAGUGCGGGGAGCGGACUGGGUUUGCCGAGUCGUGCUGCUGAUGAUGAUCCAUGGGUUGUUGGAUCUAGUUCGAGUUCGAGUUCGAGUUUGGGUUUGGGUGGGUUUGGUGGAGGACUGGGUGGUUUGGGGAAUGGUGGAAGUGGGUUUAGCAAUGGAGGGUUUGGCACGACACCGAAGAGGAAGCCUACGGCUGAUUCGUUGAAUGCGAAUCCUUGGUCGUAG